CCGUCUCCGUGAUUCUUCGAUGCGUGACACCCUGACGCUCUCGGCAGUCCGCGUUGUGUGCUGAUUGUACGCCCCCGUGCUGGCUCGGUAUAGCUUUACUGAGAUGGGCACAAGGAUCGACCAGUAAAGGAAACAUGCCGACUGUGUUCGGAAACAAGGGGAAACUUGCAAACGUUUGCUGUAUGCUUCGACACACAUUUCAGACCACAGGAAGUGAACCCAGCUGUGGUGCUCAAGACCUUCUAGGGGACAUGACCCAUUCCUGGCCUUCCCAGCAGCCCCCUGUGGGAGGCGGGGCUGAGCGUUUCCUGCACACCUCCAAGGAGGCGAAGCAGUGUGGCGCACAGCACAAGCAGGUUCGGGGUAACCCUCCCGCGAGGAUGACACACCCACAUGUGGCCCCACACAAGUGCAUGCUAGCUGACGACCUGAAACUCAGCAGUGAUGAGGAUGAUGAUGACAAGGGCCACCAGCAGACAACAUCCUGGACUGAUAAUAGCCGACACACACAUGGCGGGAGGGUGAGACAUUCCAGCCCAGGCUCGUCCGGCUCCGAUUCCUCCAGCGAGUCGGACGACAGCACCAGCGGAGGCGGCAGCCAGCGCUCACGCAGCCCCAGCCCAGAGAUUCUCUCCCAGCCUGGGACACCCAGCGCCAGCAGGCCCCUCGCCUACGCCAAGGAGACGGCCAACCCGUCCGAUACCCAGUGGCAUCUGGACAAGUGGCUGGAGAAGGUCCAGCGGAAGCGAGACUCCACAGAACGCGACCCGGGCAGGAGAGGAGCCGCCGCCACAGGUCGCCACAGAUCCCCCGUGUCGGACUCCGAGCGCGGGCCUUCCCCGGCCAGAUCGUGGGGACAAGACUACAGCCCAGGCCAGAGCCCCGCUCCCAGCCCCAAGUUCGACUACAGCCCCAGGCACAGCCCUCAGGCCAGCCCAGUCUACAGCCCGUGCCCUAGUCCAGGUCGCCACAGCCCGCCUGCUCCCCCCAGCCCUGUGCCCAGCGAGUGUCUAAGCCCCAGUCCCAUUCGCACGCACGUCCCUCCCAGGAGCCCCAGUCCGACUCUCCCCCCUGCCUGUCCACUGACCUCGGGGCCUGGGCAGUAUCCUCCCCAGCCUCCCACCCAGGCCCACCAGCAGGAGCUCCAGAUUCACAGGCCCCCUGUUCAAACCUCCAGCCCUGUUCACAAGCCCAGGAUCCGGCCCUGGGUUCCCCCCCUGCAGCAGCAGCAACAUCAUCCACCAGCUGAUCCCACCAGUAACAGGUCCCGGAUCAGCCCCAGCAACCAGCUGCAUUCUCAUCAGGGCUCCACCGACACCAACACCUCCACAACCACCAUCACAUCCAUUGCCACCAAAGCCUCGCAUAAGCACUUUGCGAAGGCUAAGGACCAGGGUGCGGAAGUCGGGACGAACCGUAGGCCCAGCCCUGCUCCACACAGCAGCAGUUGCAGCCCCAGGAUUCAGGGUCCUCAGGCCAGCAUCAGAGCCAGUUCUGGGGAGAAGGUCAGAGCCAAGCAUUCAACCUCGACGGAGAGGGGUCACAGACAGAGCGAUCACAAAGCACCCAGCGACAGGAGCCAUAACAGUCACAGGUCUGGUGAUCCUGUCUACCAGAAAGUCAGUGAAAAUAGCCACAAAACUGCCGGUGAGCAUAGCCACAAAGCUAAUGCUAGCGAGCUAAGUCAGAAAUUGAGUGAACAUAGCCAAAGUUUAGCGACCAUAGCCAAAGAUUUAGCGACCAUAGCCAAAAAUUUAGCGAGCAAACCCACAAGUCUAGCGAUCGCAUUCAGAAAUCCAGCAACCCUACCCACAAACCCAACGACCACAACCACAGACCCAACGACCACAACCACAAAACCAGCGAUCGUAAUCAUAAGCUCGGCGAUCACAACCCCAAACACCCGUCCCACCCUCGCUCUGUACCGGGGUCAAGCCGCAGCCCCACCACUAAAUCCAAGCACUCGUCAUCGUCCUCUGCGGAGCGCAGCGUCAAGACCCACACUAGUGGUAGGACCGGCUCCGGCUCCAGGCCUGCACCUGAGCCUGCUUCCUCUGCCCACCGCUUGGCACCCCAGCAUUGCCCAAGCCCCAGCGUCAAGCCAGAGGCCAAGGGCAGGGAGGUGCCGGUGCCUCUUAAAGCAGCCAGUACUAGAGGCGCAGGGAGGGAGGCCAGGCACAGAGACAGGGAGCAGGAGGUGGCCAGGUCGUGGAGAGGCUCGUCCAGGGCACCACCAGCCCCACCAGCAGCAGCAGCAGCAGGAGGCUGUGAAGGGACGGAGGAGGCUGGCGGAGGAGCAGCUAUUGAGACGCCGCUGGGUCCAGAAGGAGGAGCAGGGCGAGGAAGAGGGACAGGCAGAGGAGCAGCGGGAGCAGGAGAGAAGGAGGCGGCUGAGGCAGGAGGAGGAGGAAGGAGGGGAGCGGGAGAGGAAGAGGAGGAGGAGGAGAGGAGAAGGAGGAGGGGAGCACAACGGCGAAUGGCUGGCCGUGCAGCCCAAGCAGAGACCGCACACCAAUAGUGCCCACCGACGACACCCCAAUCACCAACACCCGCCGCCCAAUCAGGACGAAGGCUUCGCUGAGGAGCCGGACCAGAGGAAGAAGACGAAGAGGAGGAGGGAGAGUGAGGAAGAGUCCCAAACGCACCAACAGGACGCCGUCGGACGCUGCUCUCCUCCACCGCCGCACUCGCCCACUCCCGUCAUCCUGUCCUCAGCGUCUUCCUCGUCCUCUUCAUCCUCCUCUUCCUCCUCCACGUCCUCUUCUUCGGACUCGGAAGCCGAGCUCGCUGCUCCGCCAGUUGGGAACGUCACCAAGGUCCGCGCGGACUCUACGUCGCGGCAACGUGCCGCGGCCAAAAGGGGGCGCCACCGGGGGGCAGGCCGAACCUCAGGCGAGCAGCGGCCCGCCGUGGUCCACCCCGGCAGGCCGAGCGCCGACGUCCCGGUCGAGGGGCCUCAGAGUCGAGGCCAGCAUAAACUCUACACCCUGGUUCCGUUCGGACGCACCGAGAAAAGCUCCUCGGUCUCCAGCCGCGGCCUGAAGAACCUUCUGGUGAGGAUCGACCUCUCGCUCCUCUCCAGGGUUCCGAGCACCACAGCAGCGACAGCAGCAGCGGUGGCGGUGGAGGACGCUCCACAGCGGAGAACCUCCUCAUCCUCAUCCUCAUCUUCCUCGUCUGCUAAAGCCAAAGACAAAGCUGCCAUGAGGCACCUGUACCACCCUGAGCAGGAGCCCGGAGACAGCAGAAGGAAGCGCAAGGCUGAAAAUGGAGUUGGCCACAGGGACAGCAAGAAGAGCCACUCACACAGUGACCCCCCCUCGGCCCCCCCUCCCAGCGCAGCCAGCCGAGACCACAUGGUCCCGUCGUACCACAGCUACAGAGCCAACGGGUACUCAGAGGAUUACCUGGACUCUCAGAAAAGGCCUCUCUCCCCCCUCUCCCCUCUUUCGGACACUCCAGAGCCAGCCAAGGCCUCCAUAAAAGCCCAGGACAGUGACCAGUACUACCCAGACAUGACAAGCCAUAAAGGCCAGAUGCACAGGACCCAGCCCAAGAUGGAGACGGAGUGUGUGGGAGUGUCUGGUCACCCUCAAGGCUCCUGUGAGACCUGGCCCUCUGGGGUCAACCCAGCCCUCCGCCACAGAGGAACUGUGCCCUAUACUGAUGUCUCUCAGCAUGCUGAAUACUACAUGCAUGAGGCCAAGAGGAUGAAGCACAGAGCUGAUGCCAUGGUGGAAAAGCUGGGCAAGGCAGUGAACUAUGUGGACGCUGCGCUGUCUUUCAUGGAGUGUGGCAAAGCCAUGGAGGAAGGACCACUAGAGUCCAAGUCUCCUUAUGCCAUGUACGCUGAGACAGUGGAUCUCAUACGGUAUGCCAUGAGGUUGAAGAACCACUCUGGCCCAGGUGCAACUCAGGAGGACAAGCAGCUGGCUGUACUUUGUUUCCGUUGCCUUGCUCUCCUGUACUGGCAGAUGUUUAGACUAAAGAAGGACCGCCUGAAAUACUCUAAAGCUUUGCUCGACUACUUCAAGAGUUCUCCCAAGGUCCCUCACAACCCAUCCGCAGGAAGCGAUUCUGUAAAGGGCUCUAUGCUUCCCUCCCCAACUCGAGCCCCUCUGGGAAGCCAUGCUGGCAGCUCCACCUCCCCGUUCGUCACCAUUCCCCAGCGCAUCCACCAGAUGGCAGCAAACCAUCUCAACAUCACCAACAGUGUGCUGUACAGCUACGAGUACUGGGAAGUGGCCGACAGCCUGGCCAAGGAAAACAAGGAGUUCUUCAACUACCUGAACAAUCUCACUGGCCCCUUGACUCUUCACAGCAGUAUGGCCCACAUUGUUCAGUACACUCGCCAAGGACUACAGUGGAUACGCAUCAGUGCUAACCUGUCCUAGCAUCCCAUCCCCUCUCUCUCUCUUUCUCUCUCUCUCUCUCAGUCCAAGAAUUCUGCCUUGAGGAUGCCCAAGAACUAUGUCUUUAAUCCAAAUGAUACAUGCCAAAUGAUACAUCAGACACAGACAGGGAAGAGUCUUUGGAGUCUGUCCCACAGGCCAGCCUGAGACUGUGCUUCACAGCCAAAAACAUUUUUUUUUAUUAUUAUCCUUCUCUCGUUCCAAAACAACGGUCUUUGCCUCUGUCUAAUCUGCACUUAUCACCAAAGGGCUCCUUGCAUCCUAUGAAGUCUAUGAGGCCAGUCCUUAAACCUCGUUGUUUCAACGUCUGUAAUCUGUCAGAAUUUGGAGCCCAGGCCAGAGCUCCUUGCCAAAGCAUGUCCCUGUGUGGACUCCCUCUCUCUCUCGUCUCUCUCAUGCAUUUGCUCAAAAACGCCUAAAUCAGGAUCACACUGCUUAAGUCACACACUCCACUGCCCGCCCAGUCAACCAAGGGGCCCUCACAAGGAACUGUUGCCUUUUCUGGAUCCCUUUAGCAUCUGAGGGCAAAAUAGCACUGUGUAUUACACGCCUAACUAAUUUUCAGGGAUUACUGUUUACUGUUCUCAAAGUGUGAGGAGGAAAAGGGACUGGAUGUUUAUGACUACAGCGCCUCCCUCAAAGUAAGACGGCGGAACGUCAUUUGAGCUGCAUGGUAAAGCAGCCGUUUCCUUGUUGAAGAACAGGGCACCAGGAAGAAGCCAGCUGUUCCUAAUGUAGCCCUGUACAGAGGCUAUAAACUGCAAGGAUGCCAUUUUUAUUUGACUGUGUCCAAUGCUUUGCCAAAUGUGCCACAUAUUGUUUGUAAACAUGUGGUGAAAACUUAUACAAUGUGAGGAUAUUCAUGUGUAAGGAUGUCUCUUUCUUCUACAUGUGGUGUGGCAUAUGUUUGUUGUUAACACACUCCUGUCGUUGCCUGUGGAAAGAGGAAAUUAGGAUUAUGCACACAGUGCUCUGAAGUAACCUAACAGUCACACCCGGUGGUUUCCAAUCCAAGUGCAGUUAUCAAUAAGACAAUGAGAAGUUUGAAUGUGAAUAAUUUGGUUUUGUUUUCUACAUCUUUGAUUUUUGUACACGUUUUUGUUGUGCAAUAUGUCGGGUUUUGUAUUUGUCAAGACAAAUAAAAUGUCACAGAUUGUCUGUA